AAGCAGGGCAGAGGGAGUGUUCCCUGGAGAGAUACUCAAGUCGCAGCAAGAGUCUCAACUACUGAAUGGGAGACAAGGACUUUUAACCACCAUUUUGUUACUUACAGAAAGGAAUUUGAAUAAAGAAAACUAUGAUACCUCAGGUCCAUCUUCACUCCCUGUGUCUUCUCAUACUUUAUUUGACAACUGGAUACAGCCAAGAAGGGAAGUUUAGUGGACCCCUGAAGCCCAUGACAUUUUCUAUUUUUGAAGGUCAAGAACCGAGUCAAAUUAUAUUCCAGUUUAAGGCCAAUCCUCCUGCUGUGACUUUUCAACUAACUGGGGAGACAGACAACAUAUUUAUGAUAGAACGGGAUGGACUUCUGUAUUACACCAGAGCCUUGGACAGGGAAGCAAGAUCCACUCAUAAUCUCCAGGUUGCAGCCCUAGAUGCCAGUGGAGCUGUAGUGGAGGGUCCAGUACCCAUCACCAUAGAAGUGAAGGACAUCAACGACAAUCGACCCAUGUUUCUCCAGUCAAAGUAUGAAGGCUCAGUAAGGCAGAACUCUCGCCCAGGAAAGCCCUUCUUGUACGUCAACGCCACAGACCUGGAUGAUCCAGCCACUCCCAAUGCCCAGCUUUACUACCAGAUUGUUAUCCAGCUUCCCAUGAUCAACAAUAUCAUGUACUUUCAGAUCAACAACAAAACUGGGGGCAUCUCUCUUACCCGAGAAGGAGCUAAGGAAUUGGAUCCUGCUAAGAAUCCUUCCUAUAAUCUGGUGGUCUCAGUGAAGGACAUGGGUGGCCAGAGUGAGAAUUCCUUCAGUGAUACCACAUCUGUGGAUAUCAUAGUGACAGAGAAUAUUUGGAAAGCACCGGAACCUGUGGAGAUCGUGGAAAACUCGACUGAUCCUCACCCCAUCAAAAUCACUCAGGUGCGGUGGAAUGAUCCUGGUGCACAAUAUUCCUUAGUUGACAAAGAGAAUUGGCCAAGAUUCCCAUUUUCAAUUGACCAGGAAGGAGAUAUUUAUGUGACUCAGCCCCUGGACCGAGAAGAAAAGGAUGCAUAUGUUUUUUAUGCAGUUGCAAAGGAUGAGUAUGGAGAAGCACUUUCAUACCGCCUGACGAUUCAUGUAAAAGUUAAAGACAUUAAUGAUAAUCCACCUACAUGCCCAUCACCAGUAAGCGUAUUUGAGGUCCAGGAGAAUGAACGACUGGGUAGCAGUAUCGGGACCCUUACUGCACAUGACAGGGAUGAAGAAAAUACUGCCAACAGUUUUUUAGCCUAUCGUAUUGUUGAGCAAACUCCCAAACUUCCCAUGGACGGACUCUUCCUAAUUGAAAACUUUUCUGGAAUGUUGCAGUUAGCUAAACAGUCCUUGAAGAAGCAAGAUACUCCUCAGUAUAACUUAACGGUAGCAGUGUCUGACAAAGAUUUCAAGACCCUUUGUUCUGUGCAAAUCAAUGUUAUUGACAUCAAUGAUCAGAUCCCCAUCUUUGAAAAAUCAGAUUAUGGAAACCUGACUCUCACUGAAGAUACAAAGGUUGGGUCCACCAUCUUAGCCAUCCAGGCCACGGAUGCUGAUGAGCCAUUUACUGGGAGUUCUAAAAUUCUGUAUCAUAUCACAGUGGGAGACAGUGAGGGACGCCUAGGGGUUGACACGGAUCCCCACACCAACACCGGAUAUGUCAUAAUUAAAAAGCCUCUUGAUUUUGAAACAGCAGCUGUUUCCAACAUUGUGUUCAAAGCAGAAAAUCCUGAGCCUCUAGUGUUUGGUGUGACGUACAAUGAAAGUUCUUUUGCCAAGUUCACGCUAAUUGUGACAGAUGUGAAUGAAGCACCACAGUUUCCCCAACAUGUAUUCCAAGCAAAUGUCAGUGAGGAUGUAGCUAUAGGCACCAAAGUGGGCAAUGUGACUGCCAAGGAUCCAGAAGGUCUGGACAUAAGAUAUUCACUGAGAGGAGACACAAGAGGUUGGCUUAAAAUUGACCACGUGACUGGUGAGAUCUUUAGUGUGGCUCCAUUGGACAGAGAAGCUGGAAGUCCGUAUCGGGUACAAGUGGUGGCCACCGAAGUAGGGGGUUCUUCCUUGAGCUCUGUGUCAGAGUUCCACCUGACGCUUUUAGAUGUGAAUGACAACCCUCCCAGGCUGGCCAAGGAGUACACAGGCUUGUUCUUCUGCCAUCCCCUCCGUGCACCUGGAAGUCUGAUUUUCGAGGCUACUGAUGAUGAUCAGCCGAAAUUUCGGGGUCCCCACUUUACAUUUUCCCUCGCCAGUGGAAACUUAGAAAAUGACUGGGAAGUUUCCAAAAUCAACGUUACUCAUGCCCGACUCUCUACCAGGCACACAAGCUUUGAGGAGAGGGAAUAUAUUGUCCUAAUCCGCAUCAACGAUGGGGGUCGGCCCCCCUUAGAAGGCAUUGUUUCUUUACCAGUUACAUUCUGCACUUGUGUGGAAGGAAGCUGUUUCCGGCCAGCAGGUCACCAGCCUGGGAUACCCACCAUAGGCAUGGCAGUUGGUAUACUGUUGACCACCCUUCUGGUCAUUGGUAUAAUUUUAACAGUUGUGUUUAUCCGCAUGAAGAAGGAUAAAGGCAAAGAUAAUGUUGAAAGUACUCAGGCAUCUGAAGUCAAACCUCUGAGAAGCUGAAUUUGAAAAUGAAUGUUUGAGUUUAUAUGUCAACUGCUAUUUCAAUAACAGCGAUCUAAUCCUAUAAUAGUACCUUUCAUCCAACAUGUGCAUUAUAAUUUUUUAAAGAUACUCCCUCUUGUCCUUUAAUAUUUACUAAGUAUAUAUAUACAUCUCAAAUAUAUAUAUAUAUUUGAGAUGAAGUCUUGCUCUGUCACCCAGGCUGGAGUGCAGUGGUGUGAUCUUGGCUCACUGCAACCUCCACUGCCUGCGUUCAAGUGAUUCUCCUGUCUCAGCCUCCCGAGUAACUGAGAUUACAGGCACCAUACCUUGCUAAUUUUUGUAUUUUUAGUAGAGUUGGAGUUUCACCACCUUGACUGGGCUGGUAUUGAACUACUGACCUCAAGCGAUCCACCUGCCUGGGUCUCCCAAUGCAGGCAUAAGCCACUGUACCCACCUGCUUAGAUAUUUCAUGCGCUAUAGAUAUUAGACAUUUUUCUUUUUCCCAUGACGUUUUUUCCUUCUGCAAAUAGCUUAGCUGCUUAUAUAAAACAAAACAAUGUGUUUUUCUCUUUCCUUUUCCCAAGACAGACUCAUUAACUAUUCUGUACAUUUUUUUCUUUAUCAAAGAGCUACAUCAGUUGUGUCCCACACAACUUCCUGGAUUCCAUUUCUGUUUUUUCUGAUUCCAUCCUUUGUCUGCUUAAUCCUUGUCUCCUUUGGUAUUUCACUGUAUUUAAAACAUUUUUCAGAAAAGAACAAAGUUAUAACUCGGGGAAAAAAAUAAAACAGCCUUUUCCCUUAGUAUGAGCAGAAAUGCUUCUGUGUCAUUAAUUGUCUGUCUUUAACCCAUGUGACAUAUGUUGCUCUUUGAUUGAAAUUCUUCAACUUGGAAAUGACACAGAUGCACAGAAGAUGUUUAAACACAACUUACUCUGUAAACCUUGGUGCAAGAACCAGUCAGCUGGCCAGGUUUCCUCACUACCUGCCAUGCUUACAUGCUGCGCAUGUUUUCUUUAUUUGUAUGUUAAUAAAGUUUUGGUUAUUAUAUAUUUAACAUGUGGAGGAAAAUGAGACAUAAAAAGAGUGGUAACAAAUCAAGAAUAAACACUGGCUGUGGGCAUUUUUGUUUGCUGAUCUCUUCA